AUGAUUGCAGGUACUACUGAAUUUGCAGCCAAGUUACAAGACCUCCCUCAAGAAUUAAUUCAUCGUAUAUUUACACAUCUUGAUUAUGAAAGUCUUCAUUUAUUUCAGCCUAGUCAUGGAAUUUAUGUUGAAGCUUUUACAAUGGCCUCGUACUCUAUUUUAAGAGAUGCUCAUUACUUUGUAAGUAAUUACCAUACGCUUGAUUUUAAUGAAUCAGUAUCAUCGCAGUACGUUGAAAAUAUAGCACGGAUUGUUGAUGUGGAAAUGGAGCCUUAUCAUGGUCCAUGCUCGCAUUGCCACCAUGAAAAACUGGUAAAGGGUGGUCGUAAUAUUCACAUAUCAUCCUGUUUUGAACCCCUUUCUGUUGCUCCAAGGACGCUUUCAUUAUAUUUGUUAGUGCCAGGAACAAGGAAUGAUAAUGGUAAAAGUUCGUUUUCAAUGCUAAUUCAUAAAUUUAUGGAAAUCAUUAACAAUAAAGGAUCACAAAGUAGUUUAAGUCUUAUUAACAAGAUAAACGUAUUUGUCGAUUACGAUGAAAACUUGAUUUCUCCCGUUGUUGAAGAGUUAUCUGGUGAAGAACUGAUUGCGACAAAUAUGGAUUUAUCUAUUUAUAGGUCAUUACAUGAAUUAGAGAAAACUUGUUUUGCCAACACUUUGAUCAGGGAGAGACUUUGCAUAUUCUCUAUUGUAUCUCAAAAUCAUUCGUCAUGGUUUCAUGGACUAGUUGACACUGGAAUUAUGUUCUAUUCGCCGCUGGUACAAAAUAUGUCAAGUAUAUCUCAUCUUUCCCUACCUUAUCACGUAUUGGGGCAUUCGAUCGAUAAUGAGUCAGCCUUUUUCUUACCUAACCUGCUUCGAACUUUGAAUCUAAGCUUUUCAUCCAGCUUAGCCUUGGCCCUAUUAAUGUUUGGAAAGUUCCCUCCCCUGUUAGAAUCCUUGAACUUAAGUGGCUGUAAUAUAGGCAGUUUACUCGAUAAGAAUACUAUCAAAUUUCCUACAACCAUAAGACAUUUGAAUUUGUCACAUAAUAAUAUCAAAAGCAUUCAAGAUUUGAAGUUACCUCAUCUUCUUCGAACUUUGGAACUUACGGAUAAUCAGAUAUCCAGCCUAAAUGGCCCAUAUAACUCUUCAUACAACUUCCCUCUAGAACUUGUCAACUUAAAUCUUUCGCAUAACAACUUAAUACUGAUAAACUCGAUUCAGUUCCCGCCCAAACUUGUCAGAUUGUAUUUAUCAGGUAAUCUUCUAAGUGACUCUUACGGAAAUUCACGUGGUCAUCCUGUCAAGUUUCCUUCUUCUCUUCUUCAUUUGGACUUGAGUAUGAACAAUUAUACAGAAUUGACAGGUUUACAAUUCCCACCUCGUUUACAAGAAUUGGAUGUUUCUAAUAAUCAAAUUUCUCGUUUAAGCGAUAGGAUUUCAUUGGAUACUCAAUUUUACAACUCCUUGAUUAUGCUUAAUAUAUCAGGGAAUCCUCUAGAACUGCUAAGUAUUCUUUUCUGUGCAGAUUCGUGUCGAUUUCCUAAAUUGAAAGCAUUGUUCAUGAACAGUGUCCUCAUCCGGAAUUGUUUCCACCAUCAGAAGGGAGCUGAGUUCCAUAUAUAUGUUCCUGAGUCUUUGAGAUUCUUACAUAUGUGGAAUACGGGACUCCAAGGUCAUAAAUGUAGGAUCUUGAAUGGUAGAAAUUUGAAAGUGAUGAACAUCUCGUAG